GAACGACGUAGCGAGGGACCGAGUCACAGUCCAGUUGAGGCGCAAGGGUCCUCCGGCCAAGGACUACGAUCCCUGGCUGUCCGGGACAUUAUGCCAGGCGGCGAGGGGUCCUCGAUCAAUCUCCUCGACCACCAUCAUCACCACCGUGCGUCGACGGACGAGUGCGCGAACGGUGAUGAUGUUAGAACCGGGCCGAGUACCGGCGCGACCUUCACCAGCACGAUGACGAGCGCCCUAGCGGGCGACGGUCUUCGGCGCAGAAAGGUCAUCCACGCGGCCCGAGAGACCCUCGACAAGGCAUCCCGUCUUCUAAGACGAAAAAUACCAUGUACAGGCCAUUUAAUGACCCCCCGCCGCCUAUGGAUACAAAAGGUUCCUACUCAGGAAUGCGACGUAGUUAUGAUGUUCCCUAGUGGGGCGAAUGACGAGACCUUGAUGUGGUUUUUAGGACGGCUUCGGGCUGGAACCCCGGGCUUAAUAGUUCACGUACGACAUCAUGCGUCAUCGGACAGUUACGGGUUUUACAUUACGGCACCUUUUGGAGUUCUACUAAAGGCUGCUGAGGAAGUGCAUCUACCGAAAGCUCUACGACAGGAAUUUGGUGGUGGAUUCAAGGAGUUCGUCGGCUCUGAAGCCAACUGCUUCGAGGGCAGUGACGACGAAAUCCGAUUUUUCAGUACCCAAGAAAGACAGUCUCUAGUAUUACAUUUGCUUCACACCUGGAGAGCAGGUCCGCAUGACCUCCACAGUCUGACCGGAUUGGUGGAAGGUCAAGCGAUCGUUCCAAAGUGCAUUUCGUCCGGUAUUAUUUCUCAGGUCUUCCCCCUUCAUGAAUUGCCCGCGUUAGAAAAAUUGCAACGAAGCUGGGUUCGCGCGUUUUUUAGCCCACAGCCUUUGGACGACAUUUGUAAAUACUUCGGAGUGAAAAUCACUAUGUACUUUGCCUGGCUUGGCCACUACACCACCGCUUUAAUCGUUCCAGCUGCAGUGGGUGUCAUAUACUGGGUCGGCAUCAUCGGCAGGAACCAAGCGGUGGAGGACGUGGCCUACGUUCUGUUUUCGGUGUUCAAUGUGAUAUGGGCUACCGUGUACUUGGAGACAUGGAAAAGAAGAGGCGCGGAACUGGCGUACAGGUGGGGCACUUUGGAUCAGAGGGACGAUUUAUUGGUCGAGCCUAGACCUCUGUUUACAGGAACUCUGGAAAUCUCACCGGUUACGGGAAGAUUGGAACCAACGUAUCCCAGAUGGCGUAGGAACAUGUUUCGGUAUUUAGUGAGCGUGCCUAUCAUCGCAAUCUGUUUACUCUUCGUCUUCAUCGUUAUGAUAUUGAGUUUUCAGAUACAGGAUUGGUGGGACGCGCGUCUUGAAUCUGGAGGUUACGGAUUCUGGCUUAGUUACGUGCCAAAGGUUUUGCUCGCGGUGGUCAUUGCAUUGAUGGAUGAGGCGUACUUCAAGGUCGCGGUGUGGUUAAACGAUUUGGAAAACUAUCGACUAGACACCGAGUACGAGAAUCAUCUGAUCUACAAAGUGGCACUGUUUCAGUUCGUAAACUCCUUCCUAUCGCUGUUUUACAUCGCCUUCUAUCUUCAAGAUCAAGAGAGACUCAAGGAGCAAUUGGCGGCUUUACUCAUAGCUCGUCAGGUGAUCGGUAAUCUAAAGGAAUCCGCGGUACCUUAUGUGAUCGAACAGCUGCGAUUGGCGCGACUGAGUUUCGAACUGUUCGGAGCGUUGAGUCCCAGCGAAGCGAGACAACCCCCGAGUCAAGAAAACGAAGAGGUACAACAGGGUGGUAAGGACAACGAGGAGAAGGAAGAUCGGUCCGACAGCAAGUCGAAGCAACCGCGAAACGUCAGCCAGGCAGAACUGGAGAGUUCCCUCUACAGAGUAGGGCAUCCCACUAAUUCUCUACUUAGUGACGUUACGUUCAAGGUAUCUACUACAAAGUAUGACGGGGCGUUUUCGGAGCACUUGGAAAUGCUAUCGCAACUGGGAUAUGUCUGUCUCUUCUCUUCAGCCUUUCCAUUAGCUGCGAUGGCCGCUUUACUUGGAAAUUUACUCGAAUUACGCGGUGACGCAUUUAAAUUAUGUUUCGUGCUUCAACGACCUUUCGGACGCAGAGUUUCGAAUAUUGGAACAUGGCAAAAUGCCAUGGAAGCGAUGGGUCUGGUCGCUAUUUUAGUGAAUUGCGCCCUGAUCGGAUUAAGCGGGCAGGUACAACGAAUGUUCCCAGAGAUGUCGGCGACGCAAACAAUCUUAUUAAUCGUAGCAUUGGAACAUAUAAUGUUCGCUAUUAGAUUUGUGAUUAUUUGCGCGAUUCCCGACAUACCUCACUGGGUUGCUACCGAGAUGGCUAAAGUCGAAUUUUUACGACGCGAGGCGGUCCGAAGAUUAUCCUCGACCCCGUCACCGGAACAACAACCAACAACAGUGAUAGGGAGAUUCGUGGUGAGUCCAGCAGACGGAGAAAGCGAAGAGCAGCAUUUGCUCUCCGAACGCACCGGUUUCGCUACCACGUCCAGUCAAGCGGACACCCCAACCCUGGCUUCGACCGGUCAUACACCUAGUGGACCGACAACACCUAGCGCCGCUUCAGUGCCGAGGAUCUCGGAAACACCACCGAUGGUCCACACACCCGGCAGCGGCGGAAGCAGCAGCGAGACCAGCCCGUUCCUACCCGAGAGCAAUUCCAAUGUCACCCGCGAUAUUCGUAACACGCCGAGAUGUUCCAUACCCGGAGGCGAACGAGGACGACGUUCGAGAGAUUGGUUGACUAGCGAACCAGAAGCAUCCGGUGGGACCGAUCAGUACAGUCAUCAUUUAACGAUUGGACCACACGGUGGUGUCGACUGGGUACGUCGAUUAGGUCUAGAGCCCGGAGGACGAAAAUCCAGCGAUUCCGAAAUUGCUGGUGCCGGUGCAGUGAGCGUACGGGAAGAGGAAUUAACUUUGCACAGAUCGACCGACUGCAUCGUUUCCAAAGACCUCGCAUCUUCCUCGGAUAGCGAUCUUCUCAGGUCGGCACCACCGUGGGCGGCGGCUCACAGAAGCCAGAAAUUCCGCUUCUCGCCAGAAAAGGAGAAGGAACGUGAGAGGACGGAAAAACAGCAAUACCAGCAACAACAUCAUCCGCGAGAGUCGACGCACGAUCGCGAACGCGAACGCGACCGCGAACGUGAACGUGAACGCGAACGCGAGCGAGAACGCGAACGCGAGCGAGAACGUGAACGUGAACGUGAACGCGAACGCGAACGCGAGCGGCAAUCCUACCUCGCCGAGAAGGAGAAGGACUCGAGCGGUCUGUCGGACUCCAGCAAGACGAUCUCGAGUCAAGAAGAGGAAAAACCGCAGACGAAGGAGGAACGGGAGGCGAAGAAGACACGCGUCAAGCAGAGCCUAAUGAAGCGGGCGCGCUCGGUGGCGAUCUUCUCGUUGAAGCUGAAGGAACGUCGCGCACGGGAGGCCGAGCUCAAGGCCAAGGAAGCGGAAAGGGAGGCCAGGUGGCAGCAGCCCCAAUCCUGCGUCGGUGGCGAGCUCUCAUGCAUCCCCAUAGAAAAGCUUAUCUCCGUGGACGAUAUUGCGGCCAUGGAAAUGCGUCGGAUGAAUCAUUAGCCGCUUGACUUGUCUUUCUCACACAUUUUCAUUUUCUCGCUACGUAGAGAGCCGUUCGGGUACCGCGACGCGUGAAUGCAUCAAUGUCAUCUUGUCAACACGAUGGCGCAAUGUAAACGCGACAAAAAUCGCGACGGAAAAAGAGAGAGAGAGAAAGGGAAGAGAUACUUUGGUGAUCGCGAAGAACCGCGCGAUCGGAAGGAAGAAAAGGCGCACAAUUUAUGAAGCACACAAGAUCUUAGAUAUUUCAUUUAGGGAAACUUCCGAUACACCGGUUCCUAGACUCAGGGCAUCGAAAUGAAGCAGACAGAUACGGGAUAUUCCUAAAGGAUCUAUGAUAAUGUUUCACAAGUUACAAGUUCUCAAAUAUUAUUUGUAUUGUUUCAAACAAUGUCAUAAAAAUGAAGAAAGGAU